UUUUCUUUUUUUUUGAAGCUUCAACGCUGGCAGUUCAGCCCUCGAACAACGGAGAAGGCCAGCUCGUCGGAAGACCUUCGACCACCCCGGCGAUCUCGAGGGGCAAUCAAUCCGGCCGACGUUCGCACGGCCGCCGAACGCCGAUUCACCAUGGCUGGGGCGGAAUCGGCCGGCCUGCGGCGCGGGGCGGGGGCGCGGAGGAAGGCGAAGGAGGCAGCGGUGGGCGCCGCCGCGAGGGCGCUCUUCUACCCGACGCUGCUCUACAACGUGGUGAGGAGCAAGGUCCAGGCCGAGUUCCGGUGGUGGGACGAGGUCGAUCAGUUCAUUUUGCUUGGAGCUGUUCCAUUCCGUAGGGAUGUUACACGCUUGCAGAAGCUUGGAGUACAUGGCGUUGUAACCCUGAAUGAACCAUUUGAGACUUUAGUACCAUCAUCAGUAUAUAAGUCGCGUGGGAUUGAUCACCUUGUUAUUCCUACAAGAGAUUACAUGUUUGCUCCAUCACUUGUGGAUAUUAGUCAAGCUGUUGAUUUCAUUCAUAGAAACGCAUCUCGUGGGAGGAUGACAUAUAUUCACUGCAAAGCUGGAAGGGGACGGAGUACAACGAUUGUCUUGUGCUAUCUGGUGAAGUACAAGAAUAUGACACCUACCACAGCAUUUGAGCAUGUGAGAUCUAAAAGGGCUAGAGUGCUGCUGACCCGUUCCCAGAGGAAGGUGGUUCAAGAAUUCAGUACGAAGGUGGCUGGAACAGCAGCAGCAACAUCAUCAUCUCCAUCAGGGGAUGCGGUACCGCAAACUGAAGAUGGCUCUGGUUUGCCAGGCGUUAUCAGGGAGGAUGCCAGCUCGCCUUCUCACAAGGCCACCCCAUCAGGGCCAAUGAUGAAGAAGAUGCUGGCAUGCCUGCUUCCUUCCCCGAUGCGAUCUGGCGGCGACUCGCCGUCGCAUGCCGACCUGCGGGCACCCUAGCGCCGUACCGUACCGGUCCCGGUCUCAAGUGGUUCGUCGAUGUGGAGCCGAUGCGAUCGAUUCCUCUGCCGGAAGAUCUUCCUAACCGUGCCGCUCAUCCUGUUCCUCAUGUGUUCUCACGUUGCUGUGUUGGAUCAAAGUUCAUUUGGUCCAUGCUCCGUGCAUACAUCGUUGCUGGGGGCUGGUUCUGCAUCUUGUGCUUGCAUGACUGCCCUUGUGUAAGUUUCUACAGAAGUACAUAACCAGGACCUCUGCUUUAUUUAUUUUUGUAAAUAAAGUAGCAACUGUUUAAACUUGCAAGGCCAACAUACAACUUCUGCUGAAGACUAGUUGCGGAGUUUCGAGAUUGGUGAAAUCGGAUAAGUUGCAGAGUUUCGAGAUUGGCGAAAUCGGAUAAGUUGCGGAGUUUCGAGAUGGGCGAAAUCGACAGUUUCCAUGGGAAAAAGCUCUGUAGAAUUUUCUUGUGGACGGCAGCGCCCGGAAUAAUCUUUUCUGCUUGAGUUGGGCACCGGAUCUGUUCGGGGGAAAGUGAACCCCAGUUGGGACAGCAAAAUCGGUGCUCCAGCCCUGCAAGUUUCCUCCUGUCGCCGUCGGGAUGCGGAUCGCCUGAUCGGAUCUUAAUUUAGGAUCUGGAUUGGUGAUGAGUGUUGAGUGGGGUCACCGACAAAUCCCCAAAGCAAAUGGUUUGGUUUUGCUUUUCUUCUCUUCUUCUCUGAUGAUAGCUGCCUCUUGCGACACCCUGUUGCCACUUGUCAUGAG